CGCGGCGAAGCGCCCGCCCCCGGACGCGGCGCGCCCGCGCGCGCGGGGGGGUCGGCCGAUGGCCACGCGGCUGUGAGGGCCCUCGCCGAGAGUGCAGGCGGUGGCGCGGCCCUGCCGCGCGGCUGGCCGCCGCGCGGCCGGCUGGGAAGCCCCCGGACAGCGCGCCCGCAUGGUAGUCAAUGGAGGCGUCAAGCUGCAGGCCCACUUCUGCGGCGUGGUGACCACUUCCACCCACUGUUUGGAGAUAAGCCUUCCCAUCGCCUACGAGGUGCCCGCUGCUGCGCUGCGGCCCGCGAUUGUGGCUUUCCUGCGCGCGGCGGAGGACGCGCCGAAGGACGUGGACGGCGCGGCGCCGGCGCACGUGUGGCGCGAGCUGCUGGCACUGCUGCCCGCUGCCGGGGGCGAGGCGGAGCAUGGGCUACCCGGCGACCAGGUGGCGUGCCAGGCUGAGUCCGAUGACAGCGGCGCUGCGGACGCCGAGGUUGCCCCCCUGGCUGAGGUUGCUCCCCUGCCGGAGGUGGCCCCUCGGCCGAUGGCGGCGGAGGAGCUGCAGGAGGUGGUGGAGGGCCUGCGGGCGUCGCUGGAGGGGAGCGGCAGGCCGAGACAGGCUGGCGGUCUCGACAUGGUUGACAAGGAGGCGGCCGGGACCCUUCGUGGCGCCCGGCUCUGGCCGCCCAGCAGGGCAGCGCCGCCAACGGCGCCGCCGUCGCGCUUCGGAGGCUCCAGCGGCGCCGCCGCCGCCUCGGCGCCCGAGGUGCCCACCCCGCCGGCGCUCAGGCACGACGCCACCCACCAUGGCCCCGGCGUCAACGGCGGCGGUUUGGGCAGCGCCGAUGCGCUGUGGCAGCUGCCGUUCGCUGGGGCCCGCAGCCUCUCGCGGCCCCCGGCGCGCGAGGGCUCGCCGUGGGCCGCGGGCGCGCAGCUCCGGCCAGUCGGCGGCCCGAGUUUCGGCCACGUUCGCUGGACAGCGUCUCGCCGCUGCCGGCCUGCCCGGUCAACUUCGCAACUCAGUUUGGGCCAGGGGCAUGAUCCGCAGGUCUCUGCUGCUUAAACAUGGACCAGCAUGUGGAAAGAAAAGCUCGCUCUGUGCGUUGUUCAGAGGUAUAGUGUUUCACUUGUCUAUAACAGGCGUUUUCUCUCCCUUUCUGUGCUUCUACAUUAUGAGAUGCACCUUCUGCUCUAAACGAUAUACUUCAAUUUUCUGGCCGUGGUCGCAAACGCAAGUACUCUCUCGCUCGUUCUCGCUCUCGCUCGCUCUCUCUCUAUCGCUCUCUGUGUG